CCCCUCCCACUCCGGCUCGCCCUCACUUAAGAUGGCCACCAGAAAAACUGGUGCAAUGAAGCGACGCCGCUGCUUUGGUUGCCAAGGAGACGCUAAUACCGGAAAUGCGGAAUUCGGGGAGGGUGCACGGAAGAGCCGUGGGCAAGGGGCCGGGCGUCACAGGUCCUGACAGGGAAGAAGUUGGCAGGUCCUGACUGGGGAGAGCCGUGGCGGAGGCAACCUCCCGGGCCAGUCAGCUGUGGAGAUGGAGUCGCAGGUCGCGGCCGCUGGGGCUGCAGAGACUGAGGCAGAGGCGGGCAAGCGUCCCGCGAUGGGCAGUGCCAGCCAGGGCUCGCUGGUCUCGGCGCCCAAGGGGGCCGUCCGGUGGCAGCUUCUGCGACAGGUUCUGAAGCAGAAACAGUUGGAUGGUCAUCUGAGACAUGUAUCUGUGAGAAGAUUUGAAUCAUUUAAUCUGUUCUCAGUCACAGAAGCCACAAAAGAGGGAACGGAAAACGAGGCUGGUGUGUGGGUCCAGUACACAAGCAUCUUUUAUCCCGAAUUCAGCAUCUCCGUAAGGCGCAAUAGUGGGCCCUUGAAUGUCGAAGACGUGCUUACCAGCUUUGACAACACCGGAAAUGUUUCACUUCUCACUUAUGUCCUGAUACCUGAUCUCUCGCUGGAACUGGAGCUUGCCGAGUUAUCUGGCAUCUGGCCAUCCGAGGAGGUCCUGGCUCACUACUGCCUUAAGCACAGUCAUAUAUUCAGGGACCUUGCUGUGUGUGAGCUAGGGGGUGGCAUGACAUGCUUGGCUGGGCUCAUGGUUGCUAUUUCUGCAGAUGUCAAAGAAGUUCUGCUAACUGAUGGGAAUGAAAAGGCCAUCAGAAAUGUGGACAGCAUCAUCGCAUGCAAUAAGAAGGCCGGCGUGUUUAAGACUCCGGAAAUAUCAAGCCGCGUUUUACGAUGGGAUAAUGAGACAGACGUCUCUCAACUGGAAGGACAUUUUGACAUUGUUAUGUGUGCUGACUGCCUGUUUCUGGACCAGUACAGAGCCAGCCUUGUUGAUGCCAUAAAGAGAUUACUCCAGCCCACAGGGAAAGCAGUGGUAUUUGCCCCACGCCGAGGGAAUACUUUCAACCAGUUUUGCAAUCUAGCUGAAAAAGCUGGUUUCUCUCUCCAAAGACAUGAAAAUUACGACGAGCCCAUUUCAAACUUCCACUCCAAGUUGAAAAAAGAAGGGUCAGACAUUUAUGAAGAAAGUCUGCACUACCCACUUCUGCUUAUUUUAACCAAAACGGGAUAGAAGAAAACAUCAGAUGCAGAGAAGGAUUUCCACACUAUAGGAGAACUCCGCCACAGCGCCCCUGGGACUCAGGGCUCCACCCACUUUCGAACAUUCCGCAUCUUGGGACUCCGCCCUUUACUCCGGCCCUCGGCAGCUCUCCCACCCUCCGCAGCGCUCGCUCCCACCGGUCCUUUUUAAAGGAAGCUUGUUGCUCUUCCAUACCAAACCUUUGUGUGUUUUUCUGUGUCAGCAGCCUGUCUUGGGUCAGAAUUUGACUUGUGGAACAAUCUAAAUAGUUUUCUCUGAAAGCACAAUUUCUUUUGAUGAUUUCCACCUGCCGCCCCCCCCCCUUUUUUUUAAUUGCCUUUGUUCUUGUUUGGUAAUAGUAUUCUUUAUCCACAAACACAGAAAGCAUCACCCUUCUUUUCUGGAUAAAUAAACAAACCUCAUUUUUCUGAUGUCUCAA